AGGCGCUUAGGCUGGUAUGUACCACUGGGAACCACAAAUUGAGAUCACGCCGUACUUCGCAGAUGGUUCUGGCCUGGAGUCCGGACCUUGCCAGACAUCGCAAGUUAUCUAUCAGAGCCCGGGCCACAAGGCUUGCACCGACCGUUCUCCAUCAGCGCCACACGGCAGUACCGUGACAUUCCUGGAACCUUCCGAUCCUGACUGCAGCAUUCCCAAGCACGGUGACUAUCAUCCCUAUCCUAUCAUCCCCGCGGCCCAAUGGAGAAAAUAUCCCUCUCUCUCCCAGGCCAUGGAGUUUUUUCGCAUUUACUCACCCGUUCCGCCGAGACUUUCCACUUCUCCGAAGAGUCUACCUGAUGUCUCGCUGAUGUCAUCUUUCCUUCCAGAUCUCAGAUCGGCGAGGUUCACUUGAUUGUAAAAGCACCGAGAUAGCUACCAUCUCUGAAUUCGCUGAUUUGACCGGAGAAUAUCGAGUAUGAUAGUUUGUGUCCAUGUCUCAUGCGCGACGCGCCUAGCAUUUCGUACCUCCAGACACGUGAUGGCGUAACAUCAGGGAUCACGCUUUUUGGUCACGGGACUUCCUCCCCAACUGCCUCGAGAGUGACAUAAAACUUGCAACCCAUGGACAGAAGAAGCUCGCCUCGCAGGGACUACAGAGACGACGCGGGUCGGGGAAAUAGAUCAUGCCGCUACGAGGACAGCAGAGCGCCGCCCUACGACAGCGACAGGAACUACACGUCCUCGAGAAAUAGAGACGGUGGCCAGUACUACACGGAGCGUGAUCGGGAGCAGGAAAGGGCUAAGGACAGGGACAGAUACGACCGCAGAAGGGAUGGGGACAGGGACAGGGAUCACGGGCGCUCACGACGGAGGUCAGAGUCUCCCCGCCGGCGAUCUUCUCGGCCGCGUUCUUCACAACGCUCUCGUUCCCGGUCGCGGUCGCGGUCGCCCUCCAGCAAGGCGCAGCCUAAUUUCAAGCCUUCGGGGCUUCUUGCGGCUGAGACGAAUACAGUCACGGCGGGGAACGGGGACAGCACCGUCUUGAAGUACAAUGAACCCCCAGAAGCACGGAAGCCACUGCUUGCCUGGCGCUUAUAUGUAUUCAAGGGCAGCGACCAAGUCGAACUGCUUCACAUCCAUCGCCAGAGCGCGUAUUUGAUUGGCAGGGACCGUCUUGUGGCCGAUAUCGCAGUGGACCAUCCCUCCUGUUCAAAACAACAUGCAGUGAUCCAGUAUCGAACCAUCCAACAGAAAGACGAAUUCGGUGCGACUAAAGCAACGAUCAAGCCGUUCAUCAUAGACCUCGAGUCGACGAAUGGGACCUCUGUCAAUGACGAGACGAUCCCGACCUCACGCUACUACGAGCUGAAAGCGAGCGAUGUGAUCAAGUUCGGGCAAUCUACCAGAGAGUACGUGCUAUUGCAUGAGGAAGCAUCUUGAUGUAUGCACAACGCACAAAAGACGGCGCCUUCUUGGUGUAUGUUGCCGGUGUACUGCCACUCCAUUGUCGCCUAGAUAAGCCUUAGAUAAGCGCAAUCUCAUCUAUGCCGAUCGUUUUAGGAAAGGACUGUCGAUCGUGAUCCCGCUCGGACCCUUGUUCUUCUCUUGUCCUCUUCAAUGGUCUCAAAACAAUACCCUUGGCGACGGCGUCCCAGAUUGCUGUUGACGCCUGGAGACGCUUGUGACGAAACGCGCAUCCUCUUUUGUUCUCUCGCAGCCGUUAGACCAUAUGUCAGAAAAGGCUCUUUGUCUCGCCCUUUUUUGGAUGAAUAGUCAUGAUGCAAGGUCGAUGUGACAGCUAUCGAGGGUAUGGACGCCCACAAAGACGACGCCCGUUGUAUAUAAUAACGGCCAUUGAAGGCGAUUGCGCUUUAUCGCACACCUUUCCCUCCCAUCGCGCUUACUGCCCGCUACCCGCUGCCAUGUCUCACUGCACGCGCCGCGACUCGAUGGACGCGCUCUACCUGAAUCUACAUUCCAACGCAAAUCCCUAUGCCGAGCUGGAGUAUGCAGCCGAACUGUUCCCUAUUAGCGAAGAGCACGACCACGCGCAGGAGAUCCAUGGCACCCCUUCCACGACUCUUUCUGUCCUGUCGUCCGGAUCUUCUUUGUGUCUGGCCUUCGAUGACCCGGGCUCAGACAAUGACUCGGACGCCGAAUCGGACGUCGAGUCGGUUGACAUGAAUGGCGCAGGCUGCAUUGACGUCGCUCUAAUCCACGACGAUGCUCCUUACAUCCCACGCAGGACUCCGGAAAUUUUCGCGCCAGUGUACGAGUUCUCCAUCCAACCCAAGUCUCGACCUCCUGCCCUCGCGAUAUCCUCCAGACGCGUCCUGUAAAACGCGCCCGCUCGCACCUAUCCGACGAGCAGUCGGAGAUUGACAGUACCGGCGACGCAUCCG